AUGCAAAAUAUUCCUCCAAAUUUCAGAGGGUCGCUAUGGGAGUCUAACCAUCCAUGUAUGCCCAUCAUUAAAAGCAGACCAACCUUAACAACGCUGCCCUUUUAUAACUUUCUGUUAUGGGUCCUCCUCGGAGUUUUGACGUUCCCCUGUUGUGUCCGUUGUUUGAUAUUCAAAGUGGGGGUCCUGGGGCCCUGGAACUGCGACCCUGUCUAUUACAGGGCCCUGCCCGCUGCGGCUGCCAGGCUCGCUGUAAACAGGAUAAACGGAGACCUGAAUCUGGAUCUAGGCCUGAAAAUGGACUUUAUCAUUUUGCAGGAGCCUUGCGAAACCUCCAGAGCUCUCACUGCGUUUAUUUAUUACGAAAAGAUGGCAGAUGCGUUUGUGGGCCCCACCAACCCUGGAUACUGUACUGCAGCUUCACUGCUGGCCAAGAACUGGGAUAAAGCCAUCUUCUCUUACGGCUGUGUUAACUUUGAACUGGACCGCGUUAUAGGAUACCCAACAUUUACCAGGACAGUGCCGUUUCCCACUGAGGUGUUGUUCACCGUGUUUAAACACUUCAGGUGGGCCAACAUUGCGGUGGUCUCAUCCAAUGAGGAUAUCUGGAUAGAUACCGCACAGAGAGUGGCUACAGCUCUGAGGAAUAAGGGGCUCGCCGUUGGCCUGGUUACAUCUAUGGGUUUAAAUGAAACAGAGGUGGAGAGCACAAUGAGGAGGAUUCAAGAUGCAGGACAGAUCAGGGUUAUCAUCAUGUGCAUGCACUCUGUCCUGUUUGGAGGGGAGCAGCAGGCUACUUUUCUUCUCAAGGCACAUCAAAUGGGUCUGACUUCAGGGAAAUAUGUUUUUGUGCCCUACGACACUCUACACUUCAGUGUGUCCUACACCAACGUCUCCUACUUCCCCCUGCAAAACGACAGCAGGCUGAGGGAGGCCUAUGAUGCUGUGCUCACUAUCACUGUGGCCUCUGAGCCCUUGUCCUUCAAUGAGGUGUACACUGCAGUGAAGAAGAGUGAGGAAGUGACACUAUCUGUGCAGGCAGAACAGGUCAAUCCACUAUUUGGGACCAUUUAUAACAGCAUCUACUUGGUGGCCAACUCCAUCAGCAAUGCUAGGAGAGCAGGCAUGCGGCUGUCAGGCUCAAAACUGGCCUACUUUACAAAGAAUACUACUUUUGAUGGCUUCAACCAGAAAAUCCAGGUGGAUACUGAUGGUGACGUCAAAACCAAUUACGUCAUCCUGGACACUGACAAAACAGGAGGCCAACUGUACCAGACCUAUCUGGUGGAUCUCGCGUCCGGAGGGCUUAGCUUUGCUGGGAGGUCCAUCAAUUUUCCAGGAGGAUCCCCUCCGCCGUCUGAUUCCAGCUGCUGGUUCGAUCCGACUGAUGUCUGCACAGGGGGUGUGGAGGUCACCUAUAUCAUAGUGGUGUUUGCUGUCAUCUUCAUUCUGGCUGUAGGAGGGAUCGGAAUAAGUCUUUACGUCAGGAUGAGACUUCAACAAAUCCAGCUUGUCAAAGGUCCCAAUCGGAUCCUGCUGACCUUAGAGGAUCUCACUUUCAUUAACCCUCAGCUUAGCAAGAAGAAAAUCACUUUAGAGGAUCUGAGUGAGUGUAUGGGUGCUCUGGAGGAGAAUUCUAUAGACCCCUCUCAAUCUAUGACCAGCAUGCAGACAGCAACUCAUGAGACCACCAAUGUUGCUGUGUAUGAGGGCGACUGGGUGUGGCUGAAAAAAUUUGAGGAGGGGCAUUUCAAGGAGGUGAAACAGAGCACCGCAAAGAUUUUCACCAAGAUGAAGGACCUCAGAAACGAGAAUGUGAAUCCCUUCCUGGGCUUCUUUGCGGACAGCUCCAUGUUUGCGGUGGUGACAGAGCACUGCUCGCGGGGCAGUCUGCAGGACCUGCUGAGGAACGAGGACGUUAAACUAGACUGGAUGUUCAAGUCCUCACUUGUGCUUGACCUCAUCAAGGGUGUGAAAUACCUUCAUCACAGGGAUUUCCCCCAUGGCCGACUAAAAUCUCGUAACUGUGUGGUAGACGGGCGUUUUGUCCUUAAGAUUACAGACUACGGCUUUAAUGAGCUGCUGGAGUCUCAGAAAGCUCCUAUAGAAGAACCUCCUCCUGAAGAUCUAUUUUGGACAGCUCCAGAGUUCCUGAGAGACCUUGCAAACUCUCGUAAAGGGACUUACAAGGGAGAUGUGUACAGUUUCUCUAUCAUCCUCCAGGAAGUGGUGGUCAGAGGGCCACCGUACUGCAUGCUGGGUCUACCAGCCGAAGAGGUCAUCCGGAAGGUGAAGAAGCCUCCUCCAAUGUGCCGCCCCACUGUGGCCCCGGACCAGGCUCCUCUGGAGUGUAUACAGCUGAUGAAGCAGUGCUGGAGCGAACAGCCUGACCGAAGACCAAACUUUGAUGAGAUAUUUGACAGGUUCAAGAUAAUCAACAAGGGUAAGAAGACCAACAUCAUUGACUCUAUGUUGAGGAUGCUGGAGCAGUACAGCUCCAACCUGGAGGACCUCAUCAGAGAGAGAACAGAGGAGCUGGAGGUGGAAAAACAGAGAACAGAAAAACUGCUGUCUGAGAUGCUCCCACCCUCUGUGGCCGAAGCUCUGAAGACCGGUGCAACAGUAGAGCCAGAGUACUUUGACCAGGUGACAAUCUACUUCAGUGACAUUGUGGGUUUCACCACCAUCUCCUCCCUCAGUGAUCCCAUCGAGGUGGUCGACCUUCUCAAUGACCUCUACACUCUAUUUGACGCUGUGCUCAGUAACCAUGAUGUCUACAAGGUGGAGACCAUUGGUGACGCUUACAUGGUAGCAUCAGGUCUGCCCAAGAGAAAUGGCAACAAGCACGCUGCUGAGAUUGCCAACAUGUCUCUGAACAUCCUCAGCUCAGUCGGAACCUUCCAUAUGCGGCACAUGCCAGACGUGCCCGUCAGGAUACGCAUAGGAAUCCACUCAGGGCCGUGUGUUGCUGGGGUGGUAGGUCUGACUAUGCCUCGGUACUGCCUUUUUGGAGACACCGUCAACACUGCCUCUCGUAUGGAAUCCACUGGGCUGCCUUAUAGAAUCCAUGUGAAUAUGACCACUGUGAAGAUCCUCCAUUCUCUCAAUGAAGGUUAUAAAAUAGAGGUCAGGGGCAAGACAGAGCUAAAGGGUAAAGGUAUUGAAGAGACAUACUGGCUUGUGGGGAAAACUGACUUUACAAAGCCUUUGCCAAAACCACCAGAGAUUAAACCAGGGGACAACUGGCAGGAGAUGGCGACAGAGGAGAUCAAGACCUAUUUUCGCAAAGCCAACAGGCAGGUGGACAAACAUAAGAUCUGA